AUCUUUGUGCCUGAGAGUCUCCAGCUGACUGCCAAGGAAAUUUGCUAUCAAUUACACAUGUCUAAAGCCCAAUACUUUGUGGCCAGUAAGGCUAUGUUCCCACUCAUGGACUCUGCCAUGUUCGACUGCCCUAUCUUGAAGAUCAAGCUCCUGGUGUCAGAUAAGUGCUGUGAUGGGUGGUUGGAUUUCAAGGAGAUGAUUCAAGUUGUACCUCCAAAGCAGACCUUCAUGGGGACCAAAAGUCAAAAUCCAAUGGCUAUAUUCUUCACCAACGGGACAAUGGGAGCUUCUAAACUGGCCGAGUAUUCCCAGUGUGAUUUGGGAAUGGAAUUCACCCAGGCUUCCAGAAGAUGGCGGAUGGACCUCCAGCCAACAAGUAUUUUGUGUCUAAGUGAUGCCUUUGAUGGAUCUUUAUCUCUAACUACUGCCUUGGGAGCUCAGCUCCAAGGAGCCCGUAUGUUUCUGUGUCACAUGCCAAUUUUCUGUCCUGAGAUUGUUCUAAAUUCUCAAGACCUAACUGGCUACAGAUUUAAGAGUCUGAAGCUUUGUGUGGCUGUAGGAGGAUCCAUCAGCCCUGGGGUGACUGAGGACUGGAAACACAUCACUAAAUUGAACAUCUAUGAAGGCUAUGGCAAGACAGCAACUGUAGGUUGA